AAUCAGUUACAAUUGUGGCCCAGAAUCAGUUGCAAUUGUGGCCCAGAAUCAGUUGCAAGUGUGGCCCAGAAUCAGUUAUAACUGUGGUCCAGAAUCAGUUACAAGUGUGGCCCAGAAUCAGUUACAAGUGUGGCCUAGAAUCAGUUACAAGUGUGGCCCAGAAUUAGUUACAAGUGUAGUCUAG